CAGGUCCCGUCUAACCCCCUACCUUGGACAACCACGGACUCGAUAUAUCAUAUAGCCAUGUAGGUGCUUCUAAGGCGCAUAGGUAUAUCAGAAAUCGAGAAUUUCCCUAAAGUUCCAGCGAAAAGGUAUAUACCUAGCGGGUGCCUACCUCCUAUUCCCGCUUUCCCAUUGUUCAGAACAUCUCGAAUGAACCAUUCACCCGAGAACCACGUCUCGCCGUUGUAGAUACGAUCACUAAAUGCACCACCCCGCGAAAUCCCGAAGACACGAUCAGUCUAAUCUCGAGAUUCCAAAUCUUUAAGCACCAUUCGACGUGUGCCGGUCGAUCUUCUCCGACCGACUCUAGUUCUCUCUCUUCCUCUCCGUCUCGACUUGCCGCAACACCAUGGCCAACCACCUCUCGGCCCAAUCGCCGGCGAGGCUGCUGAGCGCUAGACCCACAAGCUCCCGUUCUUUCAUCCUGCCCUCCUCCUCUUCCUCCUCCGACGCCGAAGGCGACGAUGCUCCCCUCCCUUUCCCCACGGCGCUCCCGCGCUCCGACUUCCUGGCGCCUAACUUCGACGCCGCCGAAUACCUCUCCUCGCUCGCGAACCGGCACCAGACACUCGAGGACCUGCGCUCCGACCUACGGGAGCGCAGCGCCUCCAUCAGCACCGAGCUCCUGGAGCUCGUCAACGCAAACUACACUAGCUUCUUGAGCCUGGGCGACGAGCUCAAGGGCGGCGAGGAAAGGGUCGAAGAUGUCCGCGUGGCCUUGCUCGGCUUCCGCCGCGCCGUCGAGGAUGUGCGCGGCCGUGUGCGCGAGCGGCGGCAUGAGGCCGCCGGUCUCACCAACGAUCUAGCCUACGUGCGGAGAGAGAUCGAGACCGGCCGGAAGAUGCUAGAGCUCGACCAGAGGAUUUCCGCGCUCGAGGGCCGGCUAGCUCUCGGAAGCGCGAGGUCCGGCAGCGAUGACAGCGAAGACGACGAGGAAGAGACCGAGGCAGGAGACUCGCAAGACGGGACGGAGAGUGGUGCGGCCAAGCUCGCGCAGCUCGCCAACGACUACCUGACGGUGGACGAGCUAGCCAACGACGUUGGGCGGGAGACGCCCUUCGUACGGAAAUUGGAGGAGAGGAUGAUCAGGUGUCGGAACACCAUCCUCCUCGAUCUCGGCACGGCGCUGAAAGAAGCUAAAAAGGCGGGCGUCACGGGCCAGGCGAGACUACUCAAACUCAUGGGCAUCUAUUCGCUAAUGGAUGCACCGGCCGAAGUAGUAAAGAUUCUCAAGGCAAAUUGACGACCCGUACAAAUGGAAUGAUGCGACACUAGAGGGAAAGCGUAACAGGCAACGGAGAUACCCAAGCCUCUGGCUUGUACGGAAGACGGCCGAGGCC